AUGGGUACGAUAGCAUCGGUGCUUCAGUGGUAUUGUAUGAAAUGCAACUACCUGAACCCAACGGAAAGCGUACGAUGCCUUAGGUGUCGAACGUUUCGGAAGGCAAAUCGGAACGUCGACCUUAUCCACCAUCAGAUACACGCCAGCAACGACGGCACCGUUCCCGUUUCGUCAUCGUGCGUUCGCAUGAAGGAUGUGAAUAGAAAGCUUGUAUCGAACGAUUGCUUAUUUCGUGUGAUAGACAGCCUAGCGCUAGCGCACAAAAACAUUAACCGGAAGAAGGUUGAACGGUCGUUUGUGCAUUCGGUACCGGAUCCCCGCUGCUGCUGGAACCGGAAACGGUACCUAUCGCAGCCAAGCAUCAACCGCAAAUGGAAUUGCCACCGAUGCCGCGUGUACAAUCGUAGCGUUUCUUGGCACUGCAUUAACUGUGAAGCACUCAGCGUGAUCGCGCCCGUUUACAAAGACACGAUCAAGAAGUCACUGACGCCGCUUACUUGCAGAAAUACCGAACACGGCAAUACCGAAUCCGGUGGUACAGUGCCGUACGCUUCGUGUCGCCUUAAACCAUCCCGCAGCAUGGAGCACGUUGGAUCGGCGCGGUGUAGGUUUUGCAUCUACAAUCAGUUUAGCUACGAAGGGGAUGCGUCACAGGCGUGCUGUUGCUGCUGUCGCGGUACCAGCACGGCCCGUUGCCCAAAGGAAUCUGCCGACUACCAGGGACAUGACACGUUCAGUGGCAUAACAACCAUUACGAAGCGAACCGGUGGCUUAAUUGUGGUACCGUCGACCACAUCGCGGUUCAUAGACAACUCCACAAUCAACGUGCGGCUCAAGGAAAGCAGCAAAUCCAAGGCGCAUAGUCAAACAGGCAAAAAAUAUUCACCCUCAUCGACGGGUGCACUGGAACCAAUCUACGCGGUUAUCAACAAGGAGGCAAAGCGAAAGAACAUUAACAAAAUAGCGAGCGAUGCUGUAAAUAAUAAUUCACCGAUCACUAGCAUCAGUCAGCAAUCACAUACGAAGGAACCGCUACGUGAUGAUUACGCAAACCUUCCGACACCGAUGAGCUGUAAAAAUGGGAAAGCAGAGAAAGAGGAUGACCCGUUCAAUAAUACUAGCGCGAGCAGUGAGAAAAUUGCCGCUAAAUGCAAAUAUAAUAAGCAACUAUCUAACUAUACAAGUAAUUUUGAUAAAGUUAAUUAUCACGGUGGUGAUCAUGAUAUUUUUUCCGUUAUGGAUGAAUAUAGCACUCAUCAGAAUUCCACGAUACUAGAGCUAGAUAAUAUUCCUGCGAUCGUUAAAGUUCCGAUAGCGAGUUUCGAGCAGGAUCUAGAGGACGAAUGGUGCACGAAAACAUCUAAAGGGACGGACGAAAAGGAAUGGUCGUGCCGGAAGUGUACGCUAGUGAACACUAGCACAGCCCUCGCAUGUAUUGCAUGCGGUGGUUCGAAGUUGCGCAGCAUUUGUAACGUUGAAGAGAUGACGCUGAAGAAGGGCGAAUUUUGGACGUGCCACAAGUGCACGUUGAAGAAUUCGAUCAUGCAACCAGACUGUAGCGCCUGCAAAACGGUGCGUCCAUCGGCCAAGGGUUCCGGUGUGCUGGUGAACGAAUCGCUUGCCACAAACCGGUUGAUACUUGGGCAAUGUGAUGAACCGUCGAAUAGCAGUCGGUCCAGUUCGGCACUGGGUGGGCACGGUGGUGCACCGGUUGAUUCCGGCGCUAUACCGAAGCAAUUGCAGCAACUUCAGCAACAGCAGCAACAACCACAACCCCAACCGCAACAACAGCCACCACCACCGCCACAAUCGUGCGUGCCGAUGAAAUCUAUCGUACCGUCGAUGCAGGUUUCGAUGCCGAAACGAACGUGGCAGUGUCCCGCCUGCACGUACGAGAACUCGCUCGCCUGUGUCGUGUGCGAUAUCUGCUCAAGCCAUCGGCACAUCGAUACGGGCUGCCUGGUGUGGCAGCAGCAGCAACAGCUACAGAAGAACAACCGGCUAGAGGAGAACCAACGACAGCUGGACGAUAUGGAGGCGUUAAAUCGCUGGAAAAGCAUCAUCGAGUACUGCGUUGAGAAUGGACAGGCGUUCGUAGACGAUUCGUUUCCACCGGCAACAAAAAGCCUCUACUAUCAGCCUUCGUCCAACAUUGAGUGCAACCCGGUCGCGCAAUGGAGACGUCCGCACGAAAUUCUCUGCGAGGGAGGCAACCAGUCGACGCCACCGUGGGCCGUCUUCCGCACGCCAUUGCCAUCCGACAUCUGCCAGGGUGUGCUCGGGAACUGUUGGUUGCUGAGUGCGCUGGCGGUGCUGGCCGAGCGCGAAGAUCUCGUCAAGGAGGUGCUGCUGACGAAGGAAAUCUGCCCGCAGGGUGCGUACCAGGUGAAGCUGUGCAAAGAUGGCCGGUGGACGACGGUGCUGGUUGACGAUCUGCUGCCGUGCGACAAGCGGGGCCAUCUCGUGUACUCACAGGCGAAGCGAAAACAGCUCUGGGUACCGCUGAUCGAGAAGGCGGUCGCAAAGAUACACGGCUGCUACGAGGCCCUAGUGUCCGGGCGUGCGAUCGAAGGGUUGGCCACGCUGACCGGGGCACCGUGCGAAAGCAUUCCACUCCAGGCGAGCUCACUGCCACUGCCGAGCGAGGACGAUCUCGACCGCGAUCUGAUAUGGGCCCAGUUGCUGAGCUCCAGGUUAGUUAAGUUUCUGAUGGGGGCCAGUUGUGGUGGCGGUAACAUGAAGGUGGAUGAGGAUGAAUAUCAGAGAAAGGGACUGCGGCCGCGGCACGCCUACUCUGUGCUGGACGUGCGGGAUAUUAAAGGACAUAGACUGUUGAAACUGCGCAAUCCAUGGGGACACUUUUCCUGGCAAGGCGACUGGUCAGAUGAUUCGGAACUCUGGACGGAUGAGUUACGAGAUAGUUUAAUGCCGCACGGCGGUUCGGAAGGUGUGUUUUGGAUCUCGUUCGAAGAUGUGCUGAGAUACUUUGACUGCAUUGACAUAUGCAAGGUACGCUCGGAAUGGAACGAGGUACGCUUGUUUGGUACGCUGCAACCGCUCAGAGCUUUAUCCUGCGUAUUGAUAACAGUGCUCGAACCGACUGAGGCAGAAUUUACCCUGUUCCAAGAAGGACAAAGGAACUCGGAAAAAUCCCAACGCUCACAGCUGGAUCUAUGCGUGGUGUUGUUCCGGACGCGAAAUCCUGCAAAUCCGGAGGUGGGCCGUUUAGUCGAGCACAGUAAACGACAGGUGCGUGGUUUCGUUGGCUGCCACAAAAUGCUGGAAACGGACCUGUACAUGCUAGUUUGUCUCGCCUUCAACCACUGGCACACGGGAAUUGACGACUUUAUGCAAUAUCCACAGUGCGUGCUGGCCAUACACAGCUCCAAACGUUUGCUGGUGGAGCAAAUCACACCGCCCCCGUUUCUACUUGCCGACGCAAUCAUCAACCUUACACUGGCAAAAGGUCAACGGCACGAGGGUCGGGAAGGCAUGACGGCGUACUAUCUAACAAAGGGAUGGGCCGGUCUGGUUGUGAUGGUCGAGAAUCGGCAUGAAAACAAAUGGAUACACGUGAAAUGUGAUUGCCAGGAGAGCUAUAAUGUUGUUUCGACGAGAGGCGAGCUCAAGACGGUUGAUUCCGUCCCACCGUUGCAACGGCAGGUUAUCAUUGUGCUGACACAGCUGGAAGGCAGUGGUGGGUUUAGCAUAGCGCACCGCCUAACGCACCGUUUGGCAAACUCGGGCGGAUUGCACGACUGGGGACCUCCGUCUUCCACGCACUAUCCACCGAUAGAGAACGUGUCCGAGCUGCACUCACCACGGAUGAUUACCUAG